AUGUUGCCAGCCAUUGAUGCCGUCCGUGAUAUCCGUGUGGGCCCCCCUAUUCUCAACCCGCCUACGUUUCGGGAUGGAUCUCAAGGACCAUGGAGGGGCAAUGAUGUUAUUAUUGCUACAGAUACCUCCAAUGCUAGCUCAGCAUUCCAUCUGUUCAUAGUUAAAGUGGAUCAGUGUAUUGCGCUGUUCGCGCUGCAACCUCGCAACAUACCGUUUUCCACGAUGUACUUUGCGUAUGCCACUGUACCGUGGGCUGCCAUGUCACAAUUUAUCAAACUCCACUACAGAGAUUCAUACCAUCUCAAUAGUGUCCAAUAUACCUAA